UUGUGCUACACCUUGGGCUCCGUUGUGGAGAGGGCUCCGUUGUGGAGAGAGCUCCGUUGUGGAGUCAGCUCCCUAGUUUCACCAUGGUGAGCGAGGGGCUGCUCUCCACAGAUGGGGAGGAGUGGUUGGCCCUGGUGAGCGAGGGUUUGCUGCCCCCAUGCGGGAAGGUGUGUCUGGUCUCGGAUACAGUGACCUAUAAUGAUGUCCAUGUCGACUUCACUCGGGAAGAGUGGGCUUUGCUUGAUCAUUCCCAGAAGAAUCUCUACAAAGAUGUGAUGCUGGAGACUUAUAUGAACCUCACUGCUAUAGGCUACAACUGGGAAGAUCAUAAUAUUGAAGAACAUUGUCACAGUUCUCAAAGACAUAAAAGGCACAAAAGAAGUCAUUCUGGAGAGAAACCUGAAUAUACUCAAUGUGUUAAAACCUUUGCAUAUCACCGUAAUCUUCAAAGGCAUCAAAGAAUUUAUACUGGAGAGAACCACUAUGAAGGUAUUCAGUAUGGUGAAGCCUUUGGAUGUCAAAGUAGUCUCCUAAUACAUAAAGGAACUUAUACAGGAGAGCAACCCUAUGCAUGUAAUCCGUGUGGUAAAGCCUUUGCAUGUACUCUCCAAAUGCAUCAAAGAAUACAUAUUGGAGAGAAACCGUAUGAAUGUAAUAAAUGUCAGAAAGCCUUUGUAUAUCCCAGUCAUCUUCAAAUGCAUGAAAGAACACAUGCUAGAGAGAAACCCUAUCAAUGCAAUCAGUGUGGUAAAGCCUUUGUAUAUCACAGUGGUCUUAAAAUACAUAAAAGCACACAUACUGGUGAGAAACCCUAUAAAUGCAACGAAUGUGCUAAAGCCUUUGUAUAUCCCAGUCAUCUUCAAAGGCAUGAAAAAACACAUACUGGAGAGAAACCAUAUGUAUGUAAUCAGUGUGGUAAAGCCUUUGCAUAUCACAUUUGUCUUACAAUACAUAAAAGAACACAUACUGGAGAGAAACCCUACAAAUGUAAUCAAUGUGGUAAAACCUUUGCAAAUCAGAGUCAUCUUCAAAUACAUGAAAGAACACAUACUGGAGAGAAACCCUAUGAAUGUAAUCAAUGUGAUAAAGCCUUUGCCCAGCACAGUGCUCUUCAAAUGCAUGUAAGAACGCAUACUGGAGAGAAACCGUAUGAAUGUAAUCAAUGCGGUAAAUCCUUUGCUCAUCACAGUACUCUUCAAAUGCAUAAAAGAACACAUACUGGAGAGAAGCCAUAUGAAUGUAAUCAAUGUGGUAAAGCCUUUGCUCAUCAUAGUGGUCUUAAAAGGCAUAAAAGAACACAUACUGGAGAGAAACCUUAUGAAUGUAAUCAAUGUGGUAGAGCCUUUGCUCAUCACAGUACUCUUCAAAUGCAUAAAAGAACACACACUGGAGAAAAACCCUAUGAAUGUAAUCAAUGUGGUAAAGCCUAUAUAUCCCAACACGGUCUCCAAAUGCAUGAAAGAACACAUACUGGAGAAAAACCAUAUGAAUGUAAUCAAUGUGGUAAAGCUUUUGCACAACACAGUACUCUUCAAAUGCAUAAAAGAAUACAUACUGGAGAGAAACCCUAUCAGUGUACUCAGUGUGGUAAAGCCUUUGCAUAUCACAGUCAUCUUCAAAUGCAUGGAAGAACACAUACUGGAGAGAAACCCUAUGAAUGUAAUCAGUGUCAUAAAGCCUUUGCACAACACAAUACUCUUCAAAUGCAUAAAAGAACACAUACUGGAGAGAAACCCUAUGAAUGCAAUCAAUGUGGGAAAGCCUUUGCAUAUCACAGCAAUCUUAAAAUACAUAAAAAAACACAUACUGGAGAGAACUCCUACAAAUAUAAUCAAUGUGAUAAAGCCUUUGAAUGUACGAGUAAUCUUUGAAAUCAUAAGAAAAAAAAAUCAUCUGAAUGUAGUUAAUGUGGCAGAGUUUUGUAA